AGACAGAGGAAAAGUGGGGGAGGAAGAAGAGAAAAGAGGUUCUCCCCCCAAAAAAGCAGGGGAGAAUUAAUCACGUGCCCUCCCACCAUAUUGCUCUCCAGCCAGGAAGGGGGAGGAGCGAGGUCUCGUGCCGCCACUCUUGCAUAACCCAGAUUCCCCGCCCCCUCCUCCCAAUGAGAAGGAGGGGCGCUAAAGGAAGAGAUGGGGGAGGGCGAAGAAAAGAGGAAAAAUGGGGAGAGGAGAAAGAAGGGGAGAGGGAAGGCAGGAAGGAAAGCGGGGAGGUUGGGUAAAGGAGGGAAGAAGAGAGAGAAAAAAGAGGAGAGAGAAACGGGGGGAAAGGGAACGAGAGGGAAGCGGAAAGGGAAUGGGCGGAAAGAGAAAGAGACUGGGAGGGAAAAAGGGAGAAAGAGGAAAAGGGUUGGGGGAGGGGUGGGUGGUUGCCUCCGGCUCCAUUUCGAGGUUGGCGGGAAACCUAGAGGGUGGGGCGUCUGGGCCGGGGCAGUUGGACCCGGUCCUCCCCCCGCGUAUUGUGGUAGCAAACGGCGAGUAUGCGCAUGCGCGUACUCGGCUGUGCUGGGGAGGCGCGCAGCUUCCCGGGACCCUCAAUCUUUUUCAAGUUGGGGAUGAUACAGAUGUUAUGGCUCUAAUUGUGAACUUUAGUUACUGCCCUAUCCCCUGGCACCGUCUGGGAUGCUCCCCUAAAGAGGAGGAGACGCCUUUCCUCUUCCAACAGCUGCUAGGGUAGUAGCAAGAUCAUGGAGUGGGGGGAAGCUCGAUCAGCGUUUGCGGGCAAGAAUGGGGGAGGGAGCGCGACCACCAGCUUCGCUCUUCUCCGGGCCCACCCCUCCUUUGGCCUCGCCCUUCUCUGGCCCUGCCCCCUCCCAGGUCUGGCUCCUCGCCGGCUCCGCCCCUGCGCCUUCUCGCGCACAUGCGCCCUGGGGCUCACCGUAUUUGUGGGAGGCCCGGGAACGGGAAGAAUCCCGCGCUGCAGCUCGGCCUGCCCCCCCUCAGCCCGAUGCCGGGGGUCCCACCGCGGUUGCGUCCUCAGACCUUGAAGUAGUUCAACCUUACUUUCCACAUUUCGUUUUCAUCAUGAUGGAUACUCAAUAUGUCCUCUGCAGAUGGAAAAAACGUUUAUGGCCAGCAAAGGUUUUGCCCCAAACUGGACUCUCCAGAAGACAACAUAUUCAGAAAAUGAGAUCAGCGUUUUUAAAUGUUGAAAUACUGAGUCUAGAUAAAAAAAUUAAAGUGAAGAAGACAGAAACCAAGAUUCUAGAGAAAUCUCAGAUAGAAGAGAUCGCUGCGGAAUUUACUACCCAGGUUGAAAUAAAAACUACACCUAAGGAAGAACUGAUUUAUAGACGAUCGCUUAAAUUCGGGCUGGAUGUUUUGAGUCAGAAAGCAGAUGCCAUUGAAGCAAACUCUUUGAGCAAAAGUCUAACUACUCCCGUACUUCACAAACUGAAACAAACAAGACCUGCACAUGCUGUCUCUGAAUCUGACUCGUCACCUUUUGUCUGUGAAGAAGUGGUAGGAGGGUCUGGGCCCUUUAAGAAAGAAAAUGUACUACAGAGGCUGUCCAGUUCCCCCAUUGAAGAAAAUAAAUGCAAAAAGGGUUUAAAGAGGUCUGUUAGAAUUUAUGGUAACAAAACAGAGCCCUUGGCCUCUCCAGCUAGAAAUAUUUUUGGCACUCAAAAGCUGCAGCAUCAGAAAUCUGAAAUUCCUAAGUCUCGGUCCAGAAUUGGGAAAAACCAGAAACAAAAGAAAGCUGAUUCAUUACAAAACUUACAACUGAACCUUAAGAAGAAAUUGGAAAUAAAGGAUAGUGGAAAGAAAAGCAGGAAAAGGCCAAGGAUCUCAAACAGGUAUUCAUCACCUUUUAAUGCUAGAGAAGAAGAUGAUACAAAUACUGAACUUGGAGAACUCAGUCCAGUUUUGUCAUCUAGUAAUUGCAUCCAUUUGAUGGCUUUGGAAGAAAAGGCAAGUAGCUCUAGCCGAAAAGCAUUGGACUUUUCUACCAGCCAUUUCUUUGUGGAAUCAGAGUGUGAAAAUGAACUUGGCAAAGUGCCUUCACUGAAGUACUGUAAAGUUUUAAAUGGCAUUAAACAGUCAUCGGUUUCCGAAUGCCAUUGUUUGGAGCCAGAAGAGAUAGGGCUGUGCACCAAUGGAUCUGACACUCCCCCGGGUGUCUCUAAUUGCAGCUUGAUUUGCCCAAACUAUUUUGCACCUAAAACGAGAACUCUUAAGCUUCCAGAUUUUGAGGACGAUGAAGAAGAACUUCAGUCUUCUGAACAGUCGUUGGAGUUUAGUAUUGUUAAUACCACUGUGGUAGACGAAGAGGAAGAAGAUGAAGAACUUCCAAGUAUACUUUCACGCCCUGAGCCAUGUUCCAUAGAAGCUGGAAUGUUAGUCUGGUGUAAAUAUCAAAAAUAUCCCUAUUGGCCAGCAGUGGUAAAAAGUAUAAAGCGGAAGGAUAAGAAAGCAAGUAUAUUAUAUAUUGAAGAAAAUAUGAAUCCAGAAAAGAGAGGGUUUACAGUGUCUCUUAGACGAUUAAAGCACUUUGAUUGUGAAGAAAAGCAGGAGCUUAUGGAUAAAGCCAAGGAGGAUUACAGUCUGGCUGUUGACUGGUGUAUCACGCUGAUUUCUGACUACAGAAUUCGAAUUGGUUGUGGUUCUUUUGUAGGAUCUUUCCUGGAAUAUUGCUCUGCUGAUAUUAGUUGUCCAGUGAGGAAAGUAAUCCAGCAAGCACCUAUAAAAACAGUGUUUCCCAUACUGAACAAGGAAGAGCCUGAAGAUGGCCUGUCUGAUACAUCCCUAAACAAAAAGCAUUCCUUCAAGAAAGUCCUUCCAGACCGAAGGAGGGCUGCCAGAGACAAAGCCAAUGAGAAGUUAGUGGAAUACAUAGUGAAUGAAAAGGGGGCAGAGAACCAUCUCUUGGCUAUUUUAAAAAGCAGGAAAAAAUCCAGGUGGCUGAAAGAAUUUUUGAAUUCAAGUCAGUACAUGACGUGUGUUGAAACAUACCUUGAGGAUGAUGAGCAGUUGUACCUUGUGGUGAAAUAUUUACAAGAAGUCUAUCAAGAAAUAGACAGCAAAAUGCUGACGCUAAUAAAUGGCGAUGGAAUAAAAUUUAUUCUGGAUGUUCUUUUGCCUGAAGCAAUCAUUUAUGCGAUAUCUGCAAUUGAUGAAAUAGACUACCAGACAGCUGAAAAAAAAUAUAUAGAAGGACCAUCUGUGAGCAAAAGGGAAAGAGAAAUGUUUGAUAAAGAACUUUUAGAGGAAAAAAAAAAGGAACUUACACUGUUGAAGACUGAGCCAUCUUUUCCAGAAAUGUCUCCGGAUGUGUCAAAACUGUAACAGCAAAGCUUUGUGAAGUCAUCUUAUAGAUGUAGAUAGUAAGAGAGCUUUCUAUGUAAAAUUCUCCUUAUAUUAUAAAUACGUUUUGUGAAAUUGGGAGCUUUUGAAGGGUUUUCAGAUCUUAACUGAUUUUGGACAUAUCUAGUGUUGGUUGGAUGUUUUCUGUGGCACUGCUUAUGACUUUUCAGGGAUUCUUUACUCAGAUUAUUUACAAAAGUAGUCAAUAGUGUGCAUUUCUAUUUUUGUAACAUACACUGCAGGCCAGUUUCCUACCCCCAUCCCUUUUUUGAAAUUUUGAUUUCAAAUUGAUAUCAAAUUGAUAAUUAAUGUUUGAAGAAACCAACACAUUUUGUAGUAUUUCUGGUUACUCUUGUGCUGUCCAAUUUAGUGUAAAUUGCACAUUGAUUUUUUUGAUAUUGAAGGAGAAAUCACUGGUGUCAGUCUUUAAAGAGUGUUGUUUUUUUAAUCCAAGUUUUGGAUAUGUAAUAAUAGGAAAUUCUGUAAACAUCAGUCUUUUUAAAAUAUUGCUUCAUUGAUAUUCAGUAUGUUGGGCUUCCUUUUAAUAUUCUUCCUGCCCCUAUUUUCUUUAUAUUCAUUUUGGGAAGAAAUUACCUCCAAGAGGUGAAACCUGAGUCAGAAAUGUUUUCUUAUUGCUAACAGAAUAACCACAAUUAUAUGUGCUAGAAAGUAUAAGUUGCAAUAUUAUUAUAACUAUUUUAAAUGGAGCUUUUCCAAGUAAUCCAGAGUGAGAAUGGAUCUAUGAAUGCUUACAAAUCAUGCAUUUUUCAAGAUUGUGUGAGUGAAUGAAAUUACGUUGUAUUGUCAACGAUUAGGAUAGCCCCGGGCCAGAUUCUCUCACUACUUAUCUCACCUUCCCAUGUGCAUCUCCAUUUUUUGGCUGUGACUGAAUCUUAACCUGGCAAGCCUUGGUCUCAGGCAUUGUGACAGCUAGAUUUCAUUGUAUCAGCAGACUAGUUCAUUUGACCGGAUCAUCUUAGUUUGAUCCCCACAGGCUUUCUGAAUAACUCGUUAUAGGAAACUCAAACACUCCUCUUUAGGACUUAUCUAGAUCAUUUGUUGGGGGAUAAGUCAAUAUCAGAAACAAUCACAUUCUUCAGUUUUGCAUUCUCAUCAAAAACAGCCAUGAAUAUCUAGACCCUGGAAAUAAGUAUUAAAAUCUUCAGAUUCUAAUAGGUUUUGGCCAUUCAAAUUUAGGAAGGACUAUCUUGUUGAUAACAAAAGACUCAAACCUAUUGAGUGAUUCAGGCCCAGAAAGAGAUGAAAGUUUUAUUUCUGUGGACUUAAGAUAUUAAAGAAGUUAAAUUUGUUUUCCAGAUUCUUGGGUAAAUAUGAAUGCUAAAAUGUGGUGUAAACAUGAGCUUAGUAUAAUUUUAUUUCCUACUGUGGAUGAAUUGCUCAUAGUCUUGUUAUGUAUGUACAUAUACAUAUAUUUGCAUAUAUAUAUAAACAUGUGUUAUAUAAUGUGAGUAUAUGUGAAUAUAUGAAAUUCCUAUGCAUAUCUUUUUUUGUCCUUUAAGAUUAGGGAAUCUUAAAGAUUGUAUUUUUGUAUUUGGGAGUGGGAUAGGGAACAAAGAAAACCUAUUUUCUUAAUCUCAGUAUAGCUUUAGAAUCUUGUGUUAAUUAGUAUAUAUGAACUGGGCAAUUGCACUAAAAUUUGUCACUAGGGUAUUACUCCUUUUUUGGAAAGAGGACAUAAUUUACCCAAGUCACACUAAGAAUAUAAGCCAAUGAUAACUUAUAAUGGGUUAUAAUCAUUUUCAAAGUGAAUUUUUAAGUGUACAAAGUAGACAGAGACAUGUGAGUUAAUUUCAAUGCUGUUCUCUUUGCUCAAUCUGGGGAAUAUUUUGUGUUUAUAAAUAGUCACCUUCCUUAAUACCCUUGAAUAAAAUCAAAGAAUUCUAAAAAAGAAAUCCCAUUUUUAAGCAAUAAGUCUCUUUUUGUUAUUUCACCUUCCUUUGCCAUUUAAUCCAAAUGAAUUGUUUCAAGUAUUUUCCAUGUUUAUGUACUACUGAGUAAAUUCCUGGAAUUGGGGUAUUCAGAGGUCUGAGAGUCAGCAGCAGCCGCUGUCCUUCAGCUGUUUGCCUUUUCUCCACGUCCUCUCAUCAGUCUCUUCCUCAAGCAUAAAGAAAUACAUUUUCUCCUCAGUCUCCAUCUUAAUAUUCCCAGGGAAUGUGAAUCAGUAACUAGUCUGGAUACACAGCUGCAGAGCCAUUUACAGAUCAGAAAGGAUCUUGCCAUGCCGCUCUUGCUAGUGUUUGAAAAUGUGUGCCACAGCUCAUCCAUCGAUUCCCCCCCCCCCCAAAAAAAAAAAGAAAAAAAAGUCCUCUUCAUCCCAAAGCCUAAUACCAAAAGAAAUGGGAGAAGAGGAGAUGGACAUUUCUUAUAUCAGGAGAAUAAGCUUUCCGUGAUUCUCCACAAUAGUUUUACAGCAGGAGUACUUGUCUUUCUAUCAAAGAUAUCCUUAUGGAAGAAGUCUAAUUUAGGUUGAUGAUCCCUUAUUUUUUUCAAGUAAUCAUCUCUAGUCUAAAUUGGUUAGUUCAAAAGCAUUCACCUUAUAAUAAAAAUAAUACUGCCCUUGGAGGUGGUGCCAUAACCAUUUUUAAAAUGCUGUGCUAAAAUCAAAGGUCAAAUAUGAUAUCUGUCGGUGGGUGGGUGGGGAAUUAUGUUUUUUUUUUUUAACUUUUUUUUAUUAAAGCUUUUUAUUUGCAAAACAUGAGUGGGAAAUUUUUCAACAUUGACCCUUGCAAAACCUGUUUCCAACUUUUCCCCUCCUCCCCCCCUUAGAUGGCAGGUAGUCCAAUAUGUGUUAAAUAUGUUAAAUCCAAUAUAUGUAUACAUAUUUAUACAGUCAUAUUGCUGGGGGUUAUGUUUUUAAAGACUGUCAGAAUGAACAAAUCCAAAAUACUUAAUGCAUCUUAAAAGUGCAAAGUAAUUGUCUCUAAUGAUCCCAAGUAUAACAGUUUUUAUUUUUCCCAAGCAAAAUUAAAAGAUAAUUGAUACA